UCGAAUUGACCGUCUGUUUGUGCUUGAGAAACAGAAAUGCCGUUUAAAUUCAAUACAUUCUAGUUUAAGUUGCAAAAUAGAUAAAAUUACAUACUUUACUGUGGAUGGAAUCAAAAUACGACUAACCGAGUUGUGGACAAGCGCAGGUUUUGGUUUCCGGAUCUUUGAACGAUGAGAUUCUGCUACCUCUGUAUCGUAAUUGUCAUAGCUCAGUUGACAAAAGCUGGACCGGUCAAGAGAAAUGUACCGCUUGCGCAAGGAAUAUCUGCGACGGCUGGAGAUAUAAACAAGGCCGCACAAAUUGGCACCGAGCAAGGGGUUACUUCCUUUCCUCUGAACAACGGCAAUUCAAACAAUAUAAGUCCUAACAAUGAAAUAAGUGCUCCAAAUAGUGCUGUGCCAAAUGCAGCAACUGCUGAACCAGGAAACAUGGGCGCAGCCACUGCAGCUGAAACAACAACUGACGGUAAUAUGAACAGUGAUGCCACGAACACUGCAAUGGACGCCGGAAACGCUAACCGAGCUUCCGCCGGGAAAACCCCGGUUGUGGAUGCACAACUGGACGAAGAUCACCAGGUCAAGCCUGUGGCAGAGAAGGGGGAGCUCCAACAGACCAUGAUUCACCCAGGAGGAGAGGUAGAAAAAGUAUUUACGGGUACACCAGACGAGGUAGCAGCUAGCGACCAAAAAGGAAUCAAACAACCUCUUCACACCAUAGUAAAAUCGAAUGGUGAGAUUGAGAAGGUGUACGUUGGAACGCCCAAGGAGAAUAAGAAGGUCCUCGAUAAGAACGAGAGAAAAGCAAUGAAAGAAGCAACGGCUACCCUUGCACAUGAUACAUUUAACAUCAGUAUUCCGUUAAAACCAAGAAAACCGCCAGUAAUCAAGUUUAUUGGCAAUGAAACUGAAGGAGUGUAUGUCAAGUCUCCAGCUUCAGAAAACUUUAAAACGAGCUGUGUCACAGAACACAACAAGAAACGCGACAUUCACAACGCUCACCCGCUGGUCUGGAGUGACAAGCUAGCCGAAAGCGCCCAAUCAUGGGCAGACCACCUCGCCGAAAUUGAUGACGACAUGCCUGACACGACUAAUAGAAAAUACGGUGAGAAUAUCUUUUGGACACGACCACAGCUCCCUGAGGAUGAGUUGUGUAAGGCAGCAGUAGAUGAAUGGUACAAUGAGGUGAAGCUGUACGACUUUUCCGCGUCUCACAAACGCAAUUAUGACGCAGACCCAGUAAACGAAUUCACUCAGCUCGUUUACGAUGGCCAGACACGCGAGGUUGGCGUAGCAUUCUCUCUAAGUCGCAGUAACAAGCAAUAUGUUGUAGCACGGUAUUACAAGAAACGGAAUAAUAUGAUGCUGGAUGCCGAAGUUCAUCCUGCACAUUCCGAUCGUUCACGGGUUCGUUUUGACCGACCAGUGUUUCAAAAUUACAAUAUGAUUAUACGUCUCCCACGAAUCUCCUGGGUUCCACAGUACAAACAACCGAAUUCACCAGCAUUCCAAAGGCUGGAGAGCAAGAUGAAAAACGCGUUUAAGGCGACGUUCCAAGAGAGUCCAACGGUUACAAGUCUUGUGGAUUUCAAACUCAAUACAUUCAAGUUGGACGACAGGAAACCUGGCAGUAGUGCUAUUCUUGCUGAUCUCGACGUGAGAUUUUAUCCAUACGUAAAAGAUCCAAUCCAACGAUUACGAAGCAGCAUCUUCCAUGGUCAGCUGAACGGAAUGGAACUGGAUGACAACUUCUUGAAAGUCUUCAACAAGACAGGUGUAUAUGUGCCUCCUUCGUCGUGGAAAAAUAAAAUGGAACAAACUGACCUCCAAGCUGACUUACUUCGCCCAAACACUGGAGCUACAGAUCCUAUAACAGGCGCUCCGUCAAAUGUCACAUACCCUCAGCCGAUCUCCGAAGAUAUUGACCUUCUGGAUCGAAAACCUUGCCAAGGAGGAAUAUGUGAAACAUAUCUUAUAAAAGAUCGAAGUAAAGAAGCUCCUACCAAUGUAUCAACACCAUUAAAAUCUGUUCCUGUAAAUGCAACUCCUGCUAUUCCUCCUCCACCAAAUGGCUUUGCCCAACCUUGCUGCAAUCAGAUGCCACCGAUGCCACCACCUCAACCUUGUCUCGCUUUAGCAUGUCCACCACCCUCACCCAUGCCGGCAUGUAAUCCUAACUGCAGACCACGAUCUAACGGAAUGUGGCCUUCGGCCUUAUAUAGAAGAGGCGGAAUAUCAUAAAAACAAACAAUGAAAAGAAUAACUGUACUUUGUGGAAAUAUUAUUCAUUUGUUUUUGUUUUUAUGCUUUAAUUGUAAAGUUACGUGAUAUUGAAAAAAUCGUCUCUAUAGCGGCCAGAACAACAUGUAGUAAAAAACACAGCUGUGAUCAGCAUUCAGCCACAGGACGUCAAAAGAGAGGUUAAGAUACCUCGCUAACGGGCAGCCUUAUUUUCUCAAUAGAAAUUCUUCUUAUUUAUAUAUUUUGUGAUACAAACAUAUAUUUUAUGAUACAAACUUGCUUGCCUCAAGAGGCUGGGAAAGGAUUGCCGAUGUAUGGUCUGACACACACAAGCUGCACAAGCAUCGUUAGAAAUUCAUUGAAUAAAAUAAGUCCUCCCGUACCUGUAAAUUGGAACCGAGCUAUCAUAACCUCACUGAUGUCCCAAACAAAAAUAAGGCAAAUAUAAUUCCUGACAGAAACGAGUCAUUGUGGCAGCGGCCAGAAACCUGUAAAUAUAAAUGCAAAAAGAAAAGUUCAUGUUUAUGCCAAAAUUACGCUAUAUUCCACAUUCUUAAAUCAUUCCAAUUACAUGGGUGUUGACAAGGUUAAGGUCGCAGAGAACUAAAAAUAAAGUAAAAAAGGAAGGCUACUAAGGCUAUACCAGAACGUGAACAAUCUUAUGUUUGCCCGGAGCCAAAUUUUAUACCUCCAGGCGCACGUAGACAGGUUUGUGAUCACUGUUCCCUUAGUGGAACACACCACUUUCCUUAACUAUAUCAGAGGGACUUGUAGCGAUUAUAUCAAGUAAAGAUUUUGUAAUUAUUGUAA